AUUAAACCCCUCCAGUAAAUACACAUUUUUAGUUUUCGCCCUUUGAAAUCUCUUUAAAAUCCAUCAGUUCUUCAUCCACCUUCACUCGCCGCACUCUUCAACUGAUUUUUCAAAGAUGACGACACCUCAGAUUUCGGAGAUUGAGCAAGAGCAGCUGAUCGAGAAGCUCGAGAUCUUCAAGAUCCAUGGCAGAGACAAACGCGGCCGUAAGAUCCUUCGGAUUAUCGGCAAAUUCUUUCCAGCUCGGUUUCUAUCACUGGAUGUGUUGAACAAGUAUCUAGAGGAGAAGAUCUUCCCUCGACUAGGGAGAAAACCGUUCGCCGUGCUCUACGUCCACACCGGCGUGCAGAGGAGCGAGAAUUUCCCCGGAAUCUCAGCUCUGCGAGCGAUCUACGACGCGAUUCCGGUUAACGUCAGAGACAAUCUCCAGGAGGUUUACUUCCUCCACCCAGGCCUCCAGUCGCGUCUCUUCCUCGCCACUUGCGGCCGAUUCCUCUUCUCCGGCGGGUUGUACGGGAAGCUAAGGUACAUAAGCAGAGUUGACUACUUGUGGGAACACGUGAGGAGGAACGAGGUAGAGAUGCCGGAGUUUGUUUACGACCACGACGACGAUCUAGAGUUCCGUCCGAUGAUGGAUUACGGUCAGGAGAGCGAUCACGCUAGGGUUUACGCCGGAGCCGCCGUAGAUUCAUCGGUCUCCAGUUUCUCCAUGAGGUGUAUCUCGUAGCGUGUAGAAUACACCCACCAGAUCCUCUGAUCGUAUCUUUUAAAACCAUAUAAUAUACCGAUUAAAAUAUCAAAAAGAAGUCACGAAUAGAUGGUGCUUCUCGCAGCCAGUGAGCGUUUUUUUACGGAAAAAGAAAAAGAAAGCUGUUGGUGUUUGGAUAAGGAAAGGUUGUGAAUCUUUAGAUUUUCCUUGAACCUGUUCUUUUUUAUGUUUUUAAUAGUUUUCAGUGUUUCUUUUGAGAAAUUUGUCAGAUCUUUUCUUUAGUGGUGGUCGUUGUGGGUUGCUGUCGAAAAUCUUGUGUAAAUAUGUUAAUAUAAUAUGUUAGUGUAACAUUAGUUCAAAAAAACAAAAAUUUAUGCUA